CUCCGCCGUCUCACCUGGGAGCUCAUUUAUUGAUCUAUUAGUGACGUAUCGAUCCGCUCCUGCUCUGAAACACUGUUAGCCGUUAGCCUGCUAGCCUUCUCCGCGUCUUUGCACUUCCCGCGCGAGCCUAGCUAAAGCGGACGGCGAACGCGCUGCCCUAGAUCAGCCAAUCAUUCCGCUUAACGUACGUUUCGUCAUCAAGCAGAGGGGUUGGUACUCUAAGUACUCAGAGUAGUCAGAGUACUUGGACUGUGGAAUAAAGUAGAAUAACGAAGCCUGCUGCUGAUAUCCGGACAGAUGUUCGGUUCUGCUGCGCUCUGAUUGGUCAGUGUUUGAAUUCAGGCGUUUUUUUGAGAUAAAUCCUGUUUACACUGACUGUGUCCCAGCAGGGCCAAAGGACGGACCUCACACCGUGAUGUCAUGGUGAUGUCAUAGCGAUGUCGUGGGUGAAGCAGCGGUACCGUGACAUCAGCCCUGUGACCCUGCAGUUGGGGGGCGGAGCUGUGAGCUCCAGCCUGUACUGUGCUGAGGUGGAGGGCGUGGGGGCGGGGCUAGUGGAGUCCUUCCUGGUGGAGCUUUAUCGCUGUAAGCUCUGUCAGUUCACCUGUGGCAUCAAAGCCUCCAUUAACAGCCACCUGCUGCUCACGCACCGCCCCAACGCCUAUCUGGACGGGGCAGAGGCGGGGCUCCAGCAGGGAGCGUCACCCUAUCAGCUAAAGCAGAGUGACGAAGAUGAGGACUUCCUGCUCUACAACAUGCUGGACAACCUGAGCCCGGCUACCUGUGACAUCAGCAGUGAGGGCGGGCUGCAGGUGGCCCACACCUGUGAGGUCACCACACUCUUUGAGGAAGAGGAAGAGGAGCAGGAGGAGGACUCCUCCAUCUUCACUCUGAAGGGGGGCUCUUUAUCCUCUCUGGCCGACACCCCCGCCUCCCAGGAGGAGUUGGCGCAGUCCGCCCACCUGAUGACCCUUGGGCUGUGUCGGAUCUCUGCAGUCAGAGCUCCUCCUCUUCCUCCUUCCUCACCGUCCACACAGCUCACGCAACCACAUGACAGCAGUGCCAACAACAAAGUGAAGGCUCCGCCCCCCAGCCUGCUGUGUCUGCUCUGCCCAUUAAAACUGCCGUCGCGGCGGCUGCUUGAUGUCCAUGUCAGGUCGCACCGUGCCAGCGGCGGUUUCGGCUGCGUGCGCUGCAACUGGACGGCCGACAGUUGGGAGGAGGUGGAGCAUCAUUGGAGGAGCCGCUGUAGCCAGAGGAGGAAAAGGAGGAGGGAGCGGGAAGAGAAGAAGAAGAAAACCGCGGUGGCGGUCUGUCACAGGAAGUUCGAAAACAGCACGCUGAGAAGCGCUCCUGAAAAACCACGGAAACACAAUGGAUGGAGGAGCCAGCUGAUUGGACGUGCAAAGCGGAAGGAGGCGGAGCUUCUUGACAGGCAGACCAGCAGAGCUCGGCCCGCAUCACGGCCGGUCACCAUGGAGACCACGAGGAAAACCACGAGGAGGACGAACGGAGACGGCGAGCAGCUAACGGCAGAGAGCGGGAAGCAGACGGGCUUCAGCUGCUCGCUGUGCCACAGGAAGUUCUCCUCUAAACUGACUCUGAGGCGUCACCUGGGCGUUCACGGGGGAGAGAAACCAUUCACCUGUCCUCACUGCUCCUACAGCAGCCGGCUGAAGGCCUCACUGCUGCAACACCUGAGGACUCACACAGGUAACACACACACACACCUGAGGACUCACACAGGUAACACACACACACACCUGAGGACUCACACCGCCCUAGAAUUGGACCGCGUUGUUUUUGUUUUUCUCAACAGCAUCCAGAAGAAGAGUUUGGAUCUCCAUGCUCGCCGCCAUCACACUGGUGAGGCGUUCCCGUGUCAACAGUGCGACUACUCGAGCCCGGACCGCCAGCUGCUGCUGAGACAUGUCCGCAGACACCACGCCCCCUCCCAGCAAGCUGCGUUCUGAACGUGUGCUGGUGUGACGGAGCUCGGCACAAAGUUUUAUUUGUGGACUUUUUUAAUGAAAAUAAAAGCUUAGAAAAAAUAA